AUGGAGCAAAACCUUCACACUCAUGCGAAGAGUGGAACUCUCACUCUGAAUAACAUCGGCCAACUCCUCAUCCAGGACGAAGUCAAUGAUUUGGAUAGCUACGGUGAUACAGCCCUCGACCUGGCAAUUCGAAAUGGCCAUGUGGGUGCUGUAAAGCUGCUUCUGCAGAACGAUGCGGAUGCCAACAGAGUAUCUUCGGAUGGCAAGACCCCCCUCUAUGCGGCCACUCUGGCACCAAACAGCGGCCGCAUUGUUGAGCUUCUGCUCAAGCACGGCGCCAAGGCAGACGAGUCGGUCUCACAGCCGAAAGGCGACACUCCGUUGAUGUCAGCGAUCCGACAAGGCACUAGCCCCGAGGCCAUCCGCGCCCUCAUUCAGGCUGGAGCGGCCAUGGAUAGGUCGAACGAGCUUGGCGAGACACCUGCGAACCUUGCCGAAAAGUCUACAAACACUGCCGUUCACAAGGCUAUCCGCCCCAAGGACGAGAAGCCAGAAUGGAAGCCCGAGCUCGAGAAUCUUCUCGUAAGCUCCGGUCUGUUUGCCAUGGCCUACUUCAAGAAUUUCAGGGACGUCGGCAAGAACGCCAUAAAUCGUCUUGCUGCAUUGUCAGAGCCAGUGCCAGGCCAAAUUACAAACCCCCGCACGGCGGAGGAAAUUCUGUCGAACCUUGAAAAUUUCAUCCAUGCAAAGGGUCUUGAGGACAUCUUCCCAAAGGGCAAUGAGUACGUGCACAAGGUAGCAGAGAAAGCAGCCAAGAUCCUGAACGAUUCAACUUUCCCGGGUGCAACACCCAGGAAUGUGACUAUUAUGUCCCGCCAGGCUUUGUACCAGCCUGUCUUUUACUGCGACGACAGUGGCUCGAUGGGUCAUGACGACCGCAUGAACAGACAGGCAACGAUGGUUGGACGGAUCGCAGACCUUAUCACGAGGGCUGCUCCGGAAGGGAACGCGCAUGUUCAUCUUCGCUUUAUCAACAAGAACGAGAAAUUUGAUAACAUCAGCCCCGGCGAGCUUACCUCAAAGAUGAAGUUUACCCCCGAUGGAUCGACUCCGUUGGGCGCGAACCUAAAAGCUAAAGUCUUGAGUGACUUACUCUACGAUCCACUUAAUAACAACAAAGUGUUGCAGCGUCCCCUUCUUAUUUUGACGGUCACCGACGGAUGUCCGACCGACGACCCUAAGGAUACAUACGAAAAAGAAAUCAGGGAGUCGCUGAAGUUUGUGAAGGACAAAGGCUACGGAGACGAAGCUGUCCGGUACGACCUUAGCCAAAUAGGCAAUGCGAGUGAAGCUACCGAGUUCUUGGGAAGCUGGCAGAUGAAUGAUCUUGUCCCCGAUCAUGUCAAUGUGACUGCUGAGCAUUUGGAUAGCCAAUUCGAGAACCUCAGGUACAACGACGAACAUGAACUCGACCAGUGGAUCCUGGAUAGACUUGAUGCGGGUAACCCGAUCACUUAUUAG